AUGCAUCGUUCGAUCCACUCAAGCAGGGUAUUGAAUAAAGUGGAGGACAGUGCUAAAGAGCAAACUACGAAGGAAAUAGCUACAGACAAAGUAACGGGGUCUUCCAAGGCAGAGGAAGCUACGCCAUCAAGCGAAGAUUCAGACCAGUCUGGUUCCUCAACAGAUGUUCCACACCCAGAUGAAUUCCUCACCACAGCAUUUGACAACUUGGAACCUUACAUGGACACAUACAGCGUAUAUACACAGCUAAAGAAUUCUGGAUUCACGAGUGAACAAGCAGAUAGCAUCAUAGAUUUGCUUUUAGUUCAACUCAACUCAAAGCUAUCCAAGCUCCCCACGAAGUACUCACAAUUAUUCGAAUUGGAGAACGAGAGGUACUUAUUUGAAAGUGCACAACAAGAGUUACGAGUGGAUAUAACCAGAUCUCGAGAACAACACAUCAACGAGUUAAUAAGUUUGAUCAACAUUCUUCAAAGAGACUUCCAUAUCAUUUCAGAUGAGCUCAAUAGUGACUUCAUACAGAUGAAAAACGAUUCCCAGGUUGCUAUCAAUGACCAGAAGUCAGAAAACACGCUUCUGUCCAAAAGAAUCAUUCUCAAAAUCCAGGAAACGAACCACAAGAUUACUACAGAGUUGAACUCGGCCAUGAGAUCGGAAAUUGAAAGUUUAAGAUGGAACUUGUCCAGAUGGGGGUUGAUAGCUAUCUUGAUAUCUGUUUUCUCAGGGUGCAGUUUGUUCUAUGCACAAAAAGCCAAGACAGCGAGAGAGGAGCAUCACAAGAACGAAUUCGUCCCAUUGGUAAUCUACGAGCCUAGCGAGUAUGAUGAAGAUGACUAUCAUACUGAUUUAGACAAGAGUUUAAUUAGUUAG